AGCAGCUGGCUGCAGUGGCUCAGACUUGGAGGACGUCAGCCCGAGCAGGACUUCUGUCUACUGUCUUACUGUAAACGCACUUUCUCUGCUGCUUUCUGCUUCAAUAUCUAUACACCCUCGCUGCCCAGCCACUGCUCCAAGCGCAUGCUCAGUCCGACCGACAACUGUCUUUGUGCAAGUACUCGGUGAGAUAUUAAUAGACUUGAAGGAUGACGACAUCAUGGAGCGACAGACUACAGAACUAUGCAGACUUGCCUGCCAACAUGGAUGGACUUGCCAUGAAAAAAUACAGGAGAGAGCCAUAUCAUCGAGUAUUCGUCAACAGAAGCCUGGCCAUGGAGAAGAUCAAGUGUUUUGGCUUCGACAUGGAUUACACUUUGGCAGUGUACAAGUCACCAGAGUACGAGUCCCUGGGCUUUGAACUCACAGUGGAACGGCUUGUGUCCAUCGGUUACCCCCAAGAGCUGCUCAGCUUCGUCUACGACCCGGCGUUUCCCACCAGGGGUCUUGUCUUUGACACCAUAUAUGGAAACCUGUUGAAGGUGGAUGCUUAUGGAAAUAUUCUGGUCUGUGUCCAUGGAUUCCAUUUUGUUCGAGGCCCAGAGAUCCGGGAACGGUACCCAAACAAAUUCAUCCAGAGAGAUGAUACAGAGCGCUUUUAUAUCCUCAACACACUCUUCAACCUGCCAGAAACCUACCUCUUCGCCUGCCUGGUGGAUUUCUUCUCCAACUGUGACAGAUACACAAGCUGUGACACCGGCUUUAAGGACGGGGACCUCUUCAUGUCCUUCAAAAGCAUGUUCCAGGAUGUGCGCGACGCAGUGGACUGGGUCCACUUUAAGGGCACGCUGAAGGAGAAAACAGUGGAGAACUUGGAGAAGUAUGUGGUGAAAGAUGGGAAGCUGCCUCUUCUCCUCAGUCGCAUGAAUGAAGUUGCCAAAGUUUUCCUGGCAACCAACAGCGACUACCAGUACACGGAUAAAAUCAUGACCUACUUGUUCGACUUCCCUCACGGCCCCAAGCCAGGAACCUCCCACCGGCCUUGGAAGUCUUACUUCGAUCUGAUCCUGGUGGACGCCAGGAAGCCUGUGUUCUUUGGGGAGGGCACGGUGCUCAGACAAGUGGACACGACAACAGGACGCCUGAAAAUUGGAACGUACACUGGACCUCUGCAGCAUGGCAUUGUCUACUCUGGAGGUUCCUCCGACAUCGUGUGCGACUUGCUGGGGGCCAAAGGGAAAGACAUUGUCUACAUCGGGGACCACAUCUUCGGCGACAUCCUCAAGUCCAAGAAGCGGCAGGGCUGGCGGACCUUCCUGGUGAUCCCUGAGCUGGCGCAGGAGCUGCACGUGUGGACCGAUAAGAGCUCUCUGUUCGAGGAACUCCAGGGCCUGGACAUCUUCCUGGCCGAACAGUACAAACAUCUGGACAGCAGCAGCAACGAAAGACCCGACAUCAGCACAAUCCAGAAAAGAGUCAAGAAAGUGACUCACGACAUGGACAUGUGCUACGGCAUGAUGGGAAGUCUGUUCCGCAGCGGGUCCAGGCAGACGCUGUUCGCCUCGCAGGUGAUGCGAUACGCCGACCUGUACGCCGCCUCCUUCAUCAACCUGCUCUACUACCCCUUCAGCUACCUCUUCAGAGCGGCGCACGUCCUGAUGCCUCACGAGUCGACGGUGGAGCACGCGCACGUGGACAUCGACCUGGAGUCGCCGCUGGCCACGCGGAACCGCUCCAUCUCCAUCGACUGCAAGGAGGAGGAGUGCAAACGCAACAAGUUGACCCGCUCUGAGAGCGAGGGCAAAGCCCCCAACAUGUUCCCCCAGACUCCACAGGAGAUCACGCACUGCCACGACGAGGACGACGACGAGGAGGAGGAAGAGGAGGAGGAGGAGGAGGAGGAGGAGGAGGAGGAGUAAACCGCACAUUACAAAGGGAGCGAAGCCUGUCUUCACCCCUCACUGUGUUUCCAAGUCAGAGCUGGAUGAUAAUCUCUGUGAGGAAAAGACUCCAGUGUGUGUGUGUUUGACACUGCGAGCACACACACACACACUGGGGAGUAGAGAGGACCAGUGUCAGACUGUGAACGUUGAGAUGCUGUCCAUCGAUUUGACUUCCCUUUCCUUUAAAGUGAUUCGGUCGCUUCAGAUUAUAAUCCACACCAACUAAUUCCUUCCCGUUCGUGAGGCAGCGAGGGAUCAACGUUCACUGUUUGGGUUGAUUUGUGUUUCAAGUUCUUGGGAUUGUGGAUUUUCCGUUGCCAGGCAACAACAAGCAAAGCACUGGGAUGGUCUCAGUCGCCAUGACAACACUGAAGUGGUGCUUCUGUAAAUACUCCGAGGUGAGGUGAGCGCCGGGCAGCGGCCAGUCUCGCCGACUGCUGUAUUUUUGUAGUCAGAUUAUUUUUCCUGCUCUGUGGGCCUCCGGAUGCAAGUCGGACGGGAAAGUCUGCGUGUUGCUGUUCGGCGAAAACGUUCUUUCAAACGGUUCGCACUGGUUCCAGAAACCAAGCCGCAGCUCAAUAUUUCAAAUUACGAUUCUUUCACUCGUGACCCAAACGUUUACCUCUCUUUACAUGUCUUUGAAUGAUUUUCUUAUAGAUUCACUUUACUUUUAUGUUCUCAUCAUUUCGAAUCUCUCUUUUUUACAAUGAAUAUUACUUUUUUUUUAAGUUAUGCUUUCACUUUGUUCGACGAAUGAGUGACUAUUCAUGUUAAGCAGAAGGGAUUGUUUCACUAAGUGAGUCAAAAUGAUGAGAGACAAAACACAGGUCGAGUGAAAAGGUCGAUGAGUCAUAUCAAAGACUCGAGACUGUUGAUGUGAAAGACUCGUUCUUCACACCAGGGUGAGAACCUUUCCUGUAAUUUAAAAAGGUCAGUUUCAGCUGAAAUAUAUAUAUAUAUAUAUAUAUAUAUAAUAUAUAUAGGUCAGUUGAACUUCACAGUCUAAACAUGUAUGUGAAGUUGUUGAAUGUGCAGCAUGUUUCAGCUCCAGACUCUCUCUCACACACAGUCGUAUCAUUCAUGGACAUGUUUAAUGUCGAGGUUGCUUUUUGUGACGUUGAUGCUCAACAUUUUAGAUGAGGUCAUUAAUACUGUGCAAUUAUCAAGUUCGAUUAAAACUAACAACGAACAAACAGAGCAGGAGACGGACAACUGUACGGCGUGUGUACAGAUGCUGAGUCGGCACUUUCCUCGAGCGUCUCCCUCGGCGACCAGGUGAUGAAGAAGACACGUGUG